AUGCCAGCAACCAGCAGAGCCCGCAAGAGCGCCAACGUUGUGACCGAGCAGGUCGAGCAAGUCGAGCAGGUCAAGGAGAUCGUGGCAAAGAAGACCACCAAGGCUCCCAAGACUGCUCUUGCCAACGUCACUAACGUCAAGGAGCAGAAGGAGGAAAUCAAGGAGCAGAAGCCCAAGGCUGGCAAGGGCAAGAAGGAGGCUGAGAAGGCUCCGAAGGAGGAGGCACCCAAGCAGCCAGAGAAGGAGGCUCCCAAGGCUACUGACAACAACAAGCCCAUGUCCAUCGAGGUGACAAAGGAUGGUCUUGUCUACCACUACAAUGGCGGAACCUUCUUCUACCCUGGAAAUUUCACCGUCUCCGCUCCAGCUGCUGCUCAAGAAAUCAUCGACAACGAGCCCGCGCAUGAAGUGAAGCAGGAGGAAGUUCCAGAGCUUGAGACCCUGAUGGCUUCAUCAAAGCUUGCGGCUGAGCCCCAGGAAGAGGCAAAGGGAAAGAAGGGAAAGAAGAAGGGCCCAAAGAACUGA